AUUUAGUUUCACUGACACAUUAACCACACAGGGAGAAGAAACGGCCACAAGGUCUCCUGUUGGUGUGAACUCGGCAAAGGAACCUGUGUUUAAAUUUAAAAAAAAGGAGAGAGAAAAUAUUACCAUCGUUGCAAAGACUUUCCGUGAUUCCACACCCACCCCAAAAGCCCCUCCAACACAGGAAGUGUGCUGACCAUUGAGGGGAAUAAAAGGGGCUCCUGAAGAGUCUGGGCCACAUUCUUCUUGCACAGCUCAGCAAGACCUCAGCCAUGAGACUUCUCCUCCUGACUUUCCUGGGACUCUGCUGCCUCCCCACAUGGGUUGUGGAAGGUGUGGGGACUGAAGUCCUAGAAAAGAGCAUCUGUGUGAGCUUACGAAUCCAGAAGCUGCCAGUUAAAAAACUCAUGGCCUAUGAUAUCAAGGAGGGACCCAUUAGAGCCGUCAUUUUUGUCACCAAACGAGGACUAAGAAUUUGUGCUGAUCCAGAUGCCACAUGGGUGAAAGCAGCAAUCAAGACUGUGGAUAGCAGGGCCAGCACCAAAAAGAAUAUGGCUGAAACUGUUCCCACACGAGCCCAGAGGUCUGCCAGCACAGGAGUAACUUUGUCUGGGUAACAGCCUCCCUGACAGUGUUCCCUCACUCGCCAAGCAGCUCAUCUCAGUUCCCAAGCCCAUGGACUUAUGCUAUAUUUACUUUUAGUGAAAGUGUUGCACGAAUAAAGUUUUUUAUUUUUAAUGACAUUCAUAUUCAUUUCAAAUGUUAUAAGUAAUAAAUAUUUAUUAUUGACGAUG